GGUAACAACCAUGGCUUCCAGUGCUUUGGUAAAACCUCAGAUGCGUGGCCUUCUGUCCAAGUGUCUAUGCUUUCAUAUUGUUGGAACUUUCAUUGUAUCCCUGGGGGUUACAACUUUUUGUAAGUUUGUUGUGGCUGAACCAAGAAAGAAGGCAGAUGCAGAUUCCUAUAGAAAUUAUGAUUCCAUGAAAGAUUUUGAGGACAUGAGGAAGGUGGGUAUCUUUCAGAGUACAAAAUGA